AUGGCCCCGGCAGCGAGCAAACUCAGACCAGGUGAAUGCAAGUUCUGCCAGAGGUCAUUCCAAAUGUUGGACCCCUGCAAAGAGAGCCCUCUACCUUCGGAGCUUCUGAAGCGGCGCACAAGCGGCUCGAAGGAGUGCAGGCCGUGCUACGGCAUGCAGCAGCAGGACCCGCAGUACUCCGACAUGACGGCCGAGGAGCUUGUGGCCCACUUACAGGACAGCGAAAAUAGGAAGGGAUACAUGAAAAAGCUUGCCUCCUGGGAACAGAAGCGUCAAUCAAACAAACGGUCUCGAUCGGGAGCUCAGAGCAAGGUGCAGACUGAGCAAACUCAGGCCGUGGAAACACGAGAAGUGCUGGGGUAUUUGUGGACCCCGGCCCUUCUUACCAAGAAGGGCCUCCCAAUACCCAAAAAGCUCACCUCCAUAUCCCAUGCUGGCAAGGUGGUCAAAGGCGUCUUGCGGGACGACUUCGCGGUAGGAAGCAUCGAAGUGUUGAACACUUCGUCCAAGGCUGCGAAAAGAAUUCGGGAGAGAUGCUUUUCCGAGUCGGACGAGGAAAAUGAUCAUGCGAGUGAAGCUGUCUUCGAGGGCUUUCAAUCGAAAUUGAAAGCCAAGGUGCAGCGAACUGAGAAUCCCGAGGACGAGGCGAUGUUGAAGAUGCCGGGCAAGAGCUCCAACAUGGAAGAGGACCUGGCCAGCAUUCUUUGGGGAUCGGGGCCGCCAAGCAGCAGCAGUCGAGCUCCUCAGCCUGCGGAUUCGGACGAUGAGGCGGCUUCCGUCAACAAUGGCGCUGCUAGACCCAGACGUGGCAGUGGCAGCGGUGGUGCCAACAAAAGACGAAAGUCCAAGUCCAAAGUCGUGCCAGAUGCCUCCUUCCCAUCUGGGCUGUCAAGCCAACCGCCGCUUUCUGAUGCUGCUUCCAAUGCUGGUGGUCCUGGUGGUGAUCUUAUGCAAUGGGUCCAGAAUCCAGCCAAAGCCACAAGCAAGAAGAAGACGGCCGAGAACAAAGAGCUGGAGAAGAGCGAAUCCGUGAUUCUCGCUGCUCAGCAGCUUCAGGCUUCACUCGAGAGUGCCGAGACCGUGAUGACUGUCGCUUUGAACAAGACGAACCAGCUGUUGGAGAAGAUCCAGAAUCGGCUCUCGGAGGAAGUGUUGAUGUUGUUCAGAUUUGGGUCCAACCUCCAAAACUCCACCUACCACACCCCGCCCGACCUUUUUUUCAAUCCCUUUAGCUCCUUCUGCUUGGAAAUGAAGGCCUUGUACUCAGAGGCUGUGAUGAGUCAGGGGCCAAAUUCCAGAGCGGCCAAUGUCUGGAAGAGUUUGCAAGAGAAGCUGGCUUUGGUUGAGCAUGCAGCCAAUUUCAUCGAGGCCUUCCAUGACGAUGAGGCUGCAGCAUCGACUUUGGCAGCGAGGGCCCAAGCUCUUCGAGAUGUUGGAGUUUCGCUGCCCCAGCAGGUGAAUUGCGUGCUUGCCCGGAAGGAGCUGGCGGCCUUUGCUAGCGAUGACAACUUCCACACUUUCAUGCAGUACCUUGAUCCAGCCAUGAAGGACAAGUUCCCCACGGGCGUCGGUUCCCUGAUGGACGACAGCAUGAAGCCAACAGAGCCCGACACCAUGGCUCCAAUAUUGGACUUUCAGGUGGGUGCAGUCGUGCAAACCUUGAACAACCUGUUGCUGAGUGUCAAAGCCACAGGGGCCAAUUCGUCGGAGGAGGUUUCUUCAUCUUCUGAUGCCGGUGCUGGGAUAUCAUCAGUCCCGGAUGCGAAAGCAGCUGUCAAUCGCCUCGUCAAAUUCCUCGCUGAGUUCAAGAAGUCGCCGAUCGCCAACGUCUGCGACUCCAAUGCCAACUUGAAGAUCGACCUUGAGCGCUUCGAGUCGCUUGUCCAGUUGACUAUGUCCGACGAUGCCCUCGACGAAGACAGCUGCGAGAUCUUGCAGACGGCUCGGACAAAUCUUCUCAAGAAUAAGCAAGGCCCUUUCAACAAAGGCCUCACCUUGUUUCCGAUUGGGAUCUUCUUGUCAGACUUGGCUCAGAAGCGGAUCCAUCAAUUCAAGGCCGAUAUGCUCUUCCAGAUCGAUGUGGGGCUUGCAGUUCAGAUAGCUGGCGAGCUGAAGGUCAUGAAUGUGGACUCUCUUCUCAAGGAUAAGCAAGGCGAGAUGGAGUUGGCGAUCCCCUCCCAGGCCAAGAUCGUCGACAUGGUGGCAAAAUGGCAGGCCGCUGUCGAUGGAGCUUCCAUUCCCUUCAAGACGAAGCACAAAGCGGAGCUUGAGAUCGUCGAGAGCAAGAUCCAGGAGCUCAAGACGGGUUUCUUGUCCGUGGUGGCCUACAAGACCAACCAGUUCCAGCGGAUGGAGGCGUUGAUCGCAAAGUUGGGCGAGGGCGGGUUCAAAGAUGCCGAAGCAUUGGAGUGUGGCCGGCUGCUGUCCGGCUUGGAGGCCUUGCAACCUCUCCAUAAAGUUCCAUUGAUCAAGUUGUUGGGCAAGGACGGUGCUCAGCAGUUGGAGGACAUCGUUGCGCCUGCCUUUGCUUUCUUCAAGCAGUUUGCUGCUGCAUUUUCCCAGGUGGUCAAGAUCAGUCAGGUCUCUGUCAUGGAAGGGGAGAUCAUGGCCAAGGAGAUCAUUGACCUUUAUGCUUCUUUGCACGACAACGGCCUGAUCAACAAGGUUAAGACCGUGGCUCCAUGGAUCCAUGUCGGGUUGAACAACUUGACUUCCUUUCUUGAGAAGGCUGCGAAGGAUUGGGUGACAGCAAGCUGCGGCGACUUUGCCAAGUUCGCUGCACAGGUCCUCGACCCUGAGGCCAACUUUGAGGACAUCGUGCGAGACCUCCCCGCAGCUGCGCCUGCUGAUGGGAGUGACGUGGACUUCAGCUUCAUCUACAUGAGCUUCGCUGCCGUCCUUAAGGGCAAGGAUGCACUGGUUCAGAUGCCCCGGCCUGCCGAUGAGUCCAAGGACCAGGCGAUUGUGAGGGUGCAUUGCUCAUUCUUGUGUCUCUGUGGAGUGUUGGGCCAGAUGACGAGGCAUGCCAAAAUCUUCCAGAACCUCCUUACACGAGCCGAAGCUUGCAAGGCCUUUUCGGGGAUGUUGUUGGACUACAAGAAGGCCCUGCAAGAGAAGAAUGCACAGUUCGUUUUCGAAACCAAGGCCGGUGUGCUGGCAACAGCGGUGGGCGGCUUCGAGAAGUUGCAGGCGGCCUUGGCGCAAUACCAAGCCAUCUCGAAUACCUUGACCAAGGAUGACAACAUGGAGCACGGCACGAUUCUGAACUACUACAAGAAGCUCCUGGCCCACAUCAAGGCUUCCUUCCAGCAGAUGCUGUCCGUGGGCCGUGCGGAUUUGGAGGAGAUGAUGUCAAGUGGCAAGGACAUGUUCAGUAAUGUUCGCUCCCGGUUUGAGGUCCGUGCUCUUUUCCAGGCCGACCCCCUCAACAAGCAGUCCAUCCAGUCUCUCUUCAAAGAUGAGAAAGUUCAGUUAUUGGCAAUCUUUGCCCCGAAGGCAAAGGACUUUCUGACGUCUACGGGCAUAUGGGUGAAAGGCAUUCGUUCGUUUCCCCUCGCUACAGAGGGCAACGAAGCAGCAAUGACUCAGGAAUGUCAUCAGCUGGCAACAGCUGUUCAGCAAGACGCCCAAUUCUUUCAGAGAGUCGAUGCCAAUGAUGAGAACCCGAGCUUGGUGAACCUCACCGAGUUUCAGAUGAAUGUUACCAUGGCGCAAGCCCUCACUCGAGAUCUUCUAGCAGGAGAGACGAGAGUUGGAUUAGUGAAUCGGUGCUACAAUCUCGUGAAAGUGGGGGAGCUUCCUUUGGACAAAAGUUUGAGGCAGCGAGCCUUGACAAUGAUCAAAGGCAAGUAA